AUGGCAGACGCAUCAGGCCCCGAAGCUGAGCCCAGCGAUUGGAGCUUCCUCCUGAAAUGGAAUAAUUACAGUGGCGCAGAAGACAAUGGUGAUUUGGCGAGCUGGGAACCAGAAGACGAGUUACUCCAGGAGAGCGGCUCAUCUACAGCAGAUGAAGAUGAGCUAACAGAAGCGCAAACAGCAACAACGGGCUCCAAAAUCGAUGAUGAUGAGAUUGUCAAUAUCAUCAAUGCCAGCAUAGCACACUACACGAGUAUAUGGGAGCCCAAUUCAGGCGUACCCAAGGAAGACUGGAUCGUUUAUGAGCCAGAGAAGAUGUGGGAGGAUGCAGAGAGUAAAGGCAAACGCCAACAAAUGAUAAGCAGGUACAAGGCGGAAGUAGACUGGUAUACGGGCGGUCUGGAUAGACUGUGUGAAGAAAUCAUGGAGUUCCCAGGCAGCAACUCAGACGCAGUACGUCAACAGUGUAAGAACUUGGAGAUGACAGUCUACAAUCUGGAGCUGGCCAGUUGGCUUCUGUCAAUCUACUCCUUAUCACCUGAGAGUGACAGCGACGGAGAUAUUCAUGAUACGGAACGUGGCGGCCAGUCACAAUUGGCUCCUGUUGAUCAGUCAGAUCAACAUGCUGCUGCAGGAAUCAUUGACCUCGGAUCGCCACCUGCAUCAUCCAUAGGCGAUGCCAAUGAAGUCUCUUAUGUGUCACCGGUUGCAGCUACAGCGGAAGAGCACACGCCAACCUUUCUACCUUUGAAUCUGCAGGAUAUACAUACUGCCAAUCAUGGAGAUGAACCUGAACAGGCUUCUCUGGCGACAGUCCGACGAUGGCUUUGGAGGGAUCUGAUAGAAACCCAAGAUCGUAAGCGGGUGGUAUUGAAAGCACUCCACGAACUACAUGCUGCAGAUCGUGAAAACAUCCGCAGCCGGCUUAAAGUUGUCGGAAAAGCAAAGUGCCGACAAGAGAUCAAGGCCUAUAUCAAUAUGCUAUCUAGAGACGAGCCUCGAAUACAUGGUGUGCUGCAGAGGGACUUUGUCAAGAUCCAGAUCAUUGGCAGGCUUUUCUUUUCCUGGUGGUACUGCGACGACUACUCCACCAAGGCGCCUUCGAGAGCAGAUUUGGGAGAACUUUCAGAUGAACUCAGCAAUAGCCCCUUGGACUUGGACGUCUUUUACGACUUCCUCUGCAAAAUCAUGGACACGACAUUUAGUCAAGAAGCAUUGCAACAUCCCGAUCGCCCGUCGCAAGCGGAAAUCAUCGAAAUCUCCGACGACGAAGACUGA